AUGGCAGCAGCUAUCGUCUUUAACAACAACUCCACCGCAGUGGUCAACGUCAGCAUCACUAAUUUCAUGGAGCCCGCAGGCUCUGUGCCGGGGAUGGAGUUCCUUGCUGUCGACCCAGGCACUCAAAGGAUCUGGCUGCGAACCUUAGUUCAAACAUGCACCGUGUUCAGAGGCGCACUCCCGGAGAUCAAUGUCAUUGAGCCUGGGGGGAACGACGCUAUUGAUAUCCAUGUGAUCAUCGAUGCAAACGGCUUUGGAUUUGUAAUGCCCCAUUACUCUGCACCCAAUGAGAUGCGCACAUAUUCCAUCCCGCCUGGGCACUCCUGUCCAUGGUAUCGCUGCCUGCUGUUUGGCAUAUGCAAUAUAGCCGUUGCAGUCAGCGACGUCUAA